AUGGCCCCUCUUCACGUUCUCGUCGUCGGCGGUCACGGAAAGGUGGCUCAGCACCUCACGCCUCUCCUCCUCAAGCGUUCCUGGACCGUCACCAGCCUCAUCCGUGCGCAGGAGCAGGUCCCCACCAUCCAGAAGCUGGGCUCCGGACAGCCUGGGCAGCUCAACGUCCUGGUCAGCAGUAUCGAGGACGUCGAUUCGCAGGACAAGGCCAUCGAGCUUCUGCGGGAGAUCAAGCCUGACCUGAUUGCCUUCUCAGCAGGCGAGUUAGCAACUUUCCGGAUUGACCGCGACGCAGCCUCUCAUCUCAUCCGCGCGGCCGCCACCUUCCCCUCCAUCAAGCGAUUCCUGCUCGUGUCGUACAACGGGUCCCGCCGCUUCUCCGCCCCCUGGUGGCCCGCGGGCGAGUGGGACGAGUACAACAAGCAGGUCAACCACGGCCCGCUGGCGCGCUACUACCAGGCCAAGCUCUCGGCCGACGAGGUGCUGUAUCAGGUGUCGAAGGCGAGCAGCACCCUCGUGGGCAUCGACCUCAGGCCCUGCCAGCUCACCCUGGAGCCCGCCGGCAAGGUCGAGCUGGGCAAGUCGUCUCACGCCGCCGGCCUGGUGAGCCGCGAGUCGGUCGCUCGCGUGGCAGACGCCCUGCUCGCUGCCGAGGGCGUCAAGAAUACCUGGCUCGACCUGGCGGAUGGGGACGAAGACAUCGAUGCCGCCGUUGAGCGUGUCAUCAGGGAGGGCGUCGACGCCGCCGAGGGUGAUCCUGUGUUUGAGCAGUAG